UGCCUUUGCUCUGGCUGUCCUCCGCCUCGGCUCCCACAGCCUCCGCACUCCUCAACUGCUGUCUGACUCUGCGAUCGACCGGCUCUUAUCCAUUUAGGCUUCUCCCUCUUGUCCGCCCGGUCUCUCAUUCCUUGGAGCCGGCCGCCUUCCAUCUGUAUCCGGAACGCUUGGUCAUUUUGCUUUUUGCCUUCCGCACUUUGCCCUGUCCGUUGGUCGGUCCGGACGGCCUCUACUUCUACUUCCGAACCUGCCUCUGUCUCCAUCGGAUCUUCAUUAUCAUCCUCUGAACGCCAUCGACCUAUUUGCCCAUCUCUCGUGCCAGGCGCUCGCAUUCUCCCUUCCGUCGCUCUCCGCUCUCGUCAUCCGAUCAUUGUCGACCCUCCUUGCCACUGCCAACCUGAAAGCAUGAGUCCACAGAACAUUGCCCUGGCCGUCAUCGCCGUGCUCGCCUCCUUUCUCGUCUUUUACAUUCACUAUCCCAGCCGCAACCUCGCCCUCUUGAUGCUGGCUUCAAUCACGGGCCUGCUGUCGCUCCUCCUGGUGAUCGGGGCCGCGGUCUUUCCUUCCUCCAUGACCGUCGCCGCGUCCUUCCCGCCAUGGAGCGCAUUGCAGAUCUUUUGCGAAAUCCAGGCCUUCCUCCUCAACGUCCUGGGUAUCUCCAUCUACGGCUCCUGUCUGUGCCUGUCGAUCGAGCUGAAUCUGCGCACCAGCGCCAAGCGAGUCUUGCGAAGCGACGACUCAGACACCCGCCCCAAGCUGUUUCUGUAUCUGGUUCUGUCUCUGGGUGUUCCCGUCGUCUUUAUCGUCGCCGUGCUCUGGCUGCGAUCCAAGCCUGCAUACUACAUCCCGCAGGCUUUCUGCGACAACCAGGCUGGAAAGUACAUCUUUCUGAUUGUUUUCGUCAUCUCACUCAUCAUCUACACCAUCAUGGGAUCUAUUUUUACGAUGAUUGCUAUUCGCAACUAUAUUCGCAAGCGCUCGGAGAUCCUGCAGUCGCUCAACGACGGCGUCGGCUCUUCCGAAAGCUACGACUUCCAGCGGCAGCAGGCCCAGUCGUCCCGCACAGCGCUUCUCCAGAUCCUGCAUCGCAUGGUGGUUUGGAGUGCCGGAUACCAUCUGCUUGCCAUCGUCUACGUCAUCCAGACCACCUACGCGGCUGUUUCCAACCUCAUCACCAACGACCCCAACUACGAGCCCAUGGACUCGGUCAACAACGAGUCCGCUUUCGACCGUGCCCUCACCGUCAUGUAUGCCACGAGCGCCCUGUCGAUUCUGCUUCUGGCCUGCUUUGGAUCCGGCAAGAGCGCCAUCGAGCGCUAUCGAACCUUGAUUUGUUUCGGCCCGAGAACGGUACGUCGCGCCGUCAAGGCGAGGGGCCAUGCUCUGAGGCAUCUCGGCCAGAGCCAGGGCCAAGAUGCAGGUCGCUCUGCCGCCCCCUCUGAGUAUAUCUGAUGCCCCGCCCCUUCGACCAGCCUCU